CACACUCACACUCAUGCACGUGUCUCUCUGAUGGAAUUGGUGUCUCUUCAGUGGAUCUUCAGGCUGCUGAUGGUCCUGAUCAUCUUUCAGGGUGUGUGUGUGAUUUUUUACUACACAACCAACACACACUCGUCCAGAGAUGCAAUGACAAAGGCACUUCAGCAGCUGCGCUGCGCAAAACUCAGACGCAAGUUUUCCAUUAUGAAACCGGCCAAAAGUAUAGAACUCAAGAGCUUCACGCAGGAGCUGUCAGAUUUCUUGAGCUGCCCGUACAAAUCAAACCAAACUGAGCGUGAGUUAAACAGAAUCAAGCUGCAGUUUUGUUGUAACGCCACAGGAUCAUUCAUCCUCACCAAACGCAACACAGCCGUCAAUCAAUCCAUCCCAUAUGAAACAAGCAAAACAAAAACAUACAAAAUAAAUGCAGCACUUCACAGUAUGCUGCCUGAGGACUUCCCCUGGUCCGGUCGGCGUCUGGGUCGGUGUGCUGUGGUCGGCAGUGGUGGGAUUUUGAAAAACAGCAGCUGUGGACGUGAGAUUGACAGCGCAGACUUCAUCAUACGGUUUAAUUUGGCAGCGGUUAAUGACAGUGAUGUUGGGAUGAAGACGGAUCUGAUAACCGUCAACCCCAGCCAGCUUGGAUACAAAAACCUGGAGAAGAAUCCGGAUCCGUUGGUGGAGCGGGUCAGUGUGUACGGAAACGCCACCCUCAUUAUUCCCGCCUUUGCCUACACAUUCUGCACGUCACAGUCAAUCAAAACUCUCAAAGUCCUCCAUCCAAUCAGACCUCAGCAGCCGGUGGUGUUCUUCAGCCCCUCUUACCUGCGGACACUGGACCGUUUCUGGAAGGGGCGUGGCCUGCGGGAGGUGCGGCUCUCCACGGGGUUUAUGUUAAUCAGCACAGCGAUGGAACUGUGUGAGCACGUGCACGUUUACGGAUUCUGGCCGUUCGGCAGCGACCUGCAGGAGCAACCGGUUCCGUACCAUUAUUACGACCAGCUGAAGCCGCACCGCUACAUGCACAAGAUGCCGGAGGAGUUUGUGCGGCUGCUGCAGCUCCACAGCCAGGGGGCGCUGACACUACACCUGCAGCCCUGCUCCUCACCAGGGGCGGAUCUAGAAAGUAAUUUAUACGGUUGGAUGAGGACUGUGAGGUUGUGGCAACACCAAAGCAAACAAAUAUUCAAGCAUCUAUACUACUAAGCCUAUAUUAUCUGUACUAUAUCUAUAUGAGGGGUGUGCCAUACAUAUAAAGCCCACUUUUUUGUCAUCAGAAGAGUAUGCGCGUUCUGUACACGCACCGCUAGAUUACUUUGUACGCGCAGGUUGCACAUGCACAUUUAAUUUUUUUUGCAGUAAUUAGUUUAUCCACAAGGUGGCAGCCGUGCCCUGGGGCGUCGAUUCAUAAGGUAGUUGAAGAAAACCUGCAUAAACACAACAGACUGGAACCCAUGCAAGCUACAGCGACAAUGUAGGCCUACAUAGACAAGAGAUUGUGCCAAGAGGUUAGAAAGUGUCCUCAUUUGUACAACUCUAGGAUGAAAGAAUACAAAUAUAUUUACAUGCGUCGAAUGCCUAACAACACAAGCGAUCGCGGAACCACACUAUUAAUGCUAACGGGCUAAAGCUAGUAGCGGAUAUUCGGGAAGUUGGAUAAAACUAGCGAUAUAAAGGAAAUCCAAUUGUUUUUCUUAUAGAAUACUGUCGGGGAUAUGUUCACCCACUGUUAAAAGAGGAAAUAAUAGGUUAUAAAUUUGAUUUUAAGAAGAAAACAGGCAAUUAGGAAUCAACUUGACGGAGCUCCAACUCAAAGAGCGUGGCAACAACAAACAGGAAGUGACGUUUAAAUAAUUGGGCCUUCAAAUAAAACUUUGUGUACAUCCAUGCUUGAUUUGGUUCUGAUUCUCUGCUUGCACCGACGUCACUUAAAUGAUUCCUGAUCUUGUUACAUGCUCUUAGCAGUGUACACAGUUCAGUGGCCACGAAAAAUAUCCUUUCUGGGAACUGAUAGACAAUUAAUACCGAAAUUUCACUGGAUGAAAAAAUUUGAGCUAAUUUGCUACAGCUGUUUCCAAACAGAGGUUGGCCCACUGGUGACACCCAGUGACUUCUUUCCACAUGGGUAAGUCCAUGUGAUGUAUUCUCCACAUACUAACCUCCCCUUUGGGUGGUUCUUUCCCCUAUCUGGGACAAAGAGCGCUCCCUCGAUGUGCUGGUCUGCGUCAGCUGCUGAUAUUUGGCUGAAGCAAAAUAUUCCCAUUGUAAGUACUGUCCUUUCAGUUCCCGAGGAGUACGAAGGACUACACGGCUACACGAAUGACAGAUAGGGAAUGUCUCAGUUACUGUUGUAACCUCCAUUUCCUGAUGGAGGGAACGAGAUGUGGUGACCCUCCGGCCACAGUGCUGAACCACCCGCUGAAUGGCCAGGACAUGUUCUCGGCUCCUCAGUACAAUCCAGUCUAGAGUGGUGCACGCCGCUCUUUUAUACCCGUAUGACGGGGAGUGGCAUGCAAAUUCCACUUGCCAGUUCUCAUUGGCCUUUUCUGAAAUCUCAGAGAUAAUUGGGGUUCCCAAGUAUGACCCAUUAUAUCACCAAUUGACAUCACGUCUCGUUCGGAGGAGGUUACAACACUAACAGAGGUGUUUCAUAUCAUCAGUCAAGGAGGUGGUGCUGGUGAACUUUGUAGGGCGAGGAACAGACAAAGUUAUGUUGUUUACAGUCGGUUAAAUACUCUUGCCCAUGCUGCAACCGCAAACGAAUGUUGCCAUUGCUUGUUGACAUUAAGGACAUUAAAGGGUUAGUUCACCCAAAAAUGAAACUUCUGUCAUUAAUUACUCACCCUCAUGUCGUUU